AUGUCUGAACGCGAUGCUCUCUCGUCUCGAGCCAUUCCAUUCAUGGAGCUUUCAGAUGGUUCCGCUGCUUCGUUGACUGCUCCUCCGCCUCCGUUGCCUCAUUAUCUCAAUGCCGAAGGAAGAGCGAUGGCUCGUUUCGCUGUUGAAGGCAAUGCUGUUAUAACCGGAGGAGCCGGCACUCUAGCUCUCGCAGCCGCUCGUGCACUUUUGGAACACGGACUGGCCAACCUCUACCUCUUCGACUUACCCUCCACCUUGCAAUCUUCCGCUCAAGCCAUAGAAUCUUUGCGAACAGACUUCCCCUCCUCCACCAUUUCCACAGCUCCCGUCGACGUCACAGAUGCCACCCUCGUCUCUUCCGCCUUUUCCUCCGCUGCUGCUGCCAUGGGUUCACUCGACAUCCUCCUCUGUUUCGCCGGUAUAGUAGGCUGCAUCCAUGCCAUAGAAAUGACAGCAGACCAAUGGAGAAAGGUCAUCGACAUCAACACCACCGGUUCCUUCCUCUGCGCCCAAGCCGCGGCCAAACAAAUGCAAAAUCAAAACACCGGUGGCACAAUAGUAUUCACAGCCAGUAUCAGCGGAAGAAGAGUCAAUUUCCCUCAACCCCAAUCCGCAUAUAACGUCAGUAAAGCCGCUGUUGUUGCCAUGAAGGAUAGUUUGGCGGCUGAAUGGGCUAGAUUUGGUAUCAGGGUCAAUUGUAUCUCGCCCGGGUAUAUGGAUACGGUGUUGAAUGAGGGAGAAGGGUUGGAAGAGGCGAGGGGUAUUUGGGCGAGUAGGAAUCCCAUGGGUAGGAUGGGUGCUGUGGGGGAGUUGGAUGGGGUUGUGGUUUUGUUGUGUUCGAGGGCGGGGAGUUAUAUCAAUGGCGCUGAUUUUGUUGUUGAUGGGGGCGCUACGGUUUUCUAG